AUGAUUGAAUGUAGACGGCCGUCGAAGGACAAUUGUUGUGAUGAUGAUGAAGUUGGCGCUUUGGAUGCUGAGGAUUAUGCGGAGGAAAAGAGGCAUUUUGAUGAGGUCGUUUGGAGCUUCGAAACAUAUACGGAAGAUUUCCGCGUUGAAUUAGAAACUUUGCAGACUAGUCUGCUGUCACUAACUCCCGAGGAGCUGGAACUGUGGGGUGGCAACCCGGAAGAGUACAUGGGAAAGAUUCGUGAACGGAUGGCUGUGAAUCAACGG